GACAGGAGACAAUACAAAACGAGGGUGAACUCCCUAAGAAAGGCUUUCACUGAGAAUCCAUUUGGUUCCAGGUAACUGAAGAAAUAGCACAGAAUGGAGCACUGGAACUCCACCCUGGGAAGUGGGUUCAUAUUGAUGGGGAUUCUGAAGGACAGUGGCUCUCCUGGGCUACUCAGUGCCACAGUCGCAGUUCUGUACACGUUGGCUCUGACCAGCAAUGGCCUGCUGCUCCUGGUCAUCACAAUGGAUGCCCAGCUCCAUGUGCCCAUGUACCUCCUGCUCGGGCAGCUCUCACUCAUGGACCUCCUCUUCACGUCUGUGGUCACACCCAAGGCUCUCGUGGAUUUUCUUAGCAGCGAAAACACCAUCUCCUUCGGGGGCUGUGCCCUUCAGAUGUUUCUGGCACUGACGCUGGGUGGUGCAGAGGACCUCCUCCUGGCCUUCAUGGCCUAUGACAGGUAUGUGGCCAUCUGUCAUCCCCUGAACUACAUGGUUCUCAUGAGUACGAGGGUCUGCUGGCUCAUGGUGGCCACGUCCUGGAUCCUGGCAUCCCUGAGUGCUCUAGGACAUACACUGUAUACCAUGCACUUCCCCUUCUGCAUGUCCCGGAAAAUAAGGCACCUGCUUUGUGAGAUUCCACCUCUGCUAAAGUUGGCCUGUGCAGAUACCUCCAGAUAUGAGCUCAUGGUGUAUGUGACAGGUGUGACUUUCCUCUUGCUCCCUCUUUGUGUUAUUGUUGCCUCCUACACACUAAUCUUAUUCACUGUGCUCCACAUGCCCUCAAAUCAGGGGAGGCAGAAAGCCCUAGUCACCUGUUCUUCCCACCUGACUGUGGUCGGGAUGUUCUAUGGAGCUGCCACGUUCAUGUACGUCCUGCCCAGUUCCCUCCACAGCCCCAAGCAGGACAACAUCAUCUCUGUUUUCUACACAAUUGUCACUCCAGCCCUGAACCCCCUCAUCUAUAGCCUGAGGAAUAAGGAGGUCAUGGGGGCCUUGAGGAGGGUCCUGGGAAAAUACAUGCUGCGGAUACACCCCACCUUCUAGGGAGAGAUCA